AUGUUUGGGAUUCAGGAAACUAUACCACGAGGUGGUACAACCAUGAAAGAGGAACCACUCGGUGGUCUGAAUCAGGUCCGUUCCUGGAUGCAUACUGCAGGGUUAGUGGACGCGCAUACAGCCGCCCAGAGCGGUGUAGGGCUAGCCCGAGCGCACUAUGAAAAACAGCCACCCUCCAACCUCCGCAAGUCGAACUUCUUCCACUUUGUGCUGGCACUGUACGACAGACAGGGCCAGCCUGUGGAAAUCGAACGCACAGCUUUUGUGGACUUUGUCGAGAAGGAGAAAGAGCCAAACAGCGAAAAAACGAACAAUGGAAUCCAUUACAAACUCCAGUUAUUGUACAGCAAUGGUGUCAGAACAGAACAAGAUCUUUACAUCCGGUUAAUAGAUUCAAUGACAAAACAGGCUAUUGUUUAUGAGGGUCAAGACAAAAAUCCUGAAAUGUGCAGAGUCCUGCUUACACAUGAAAUUAUGUGCAGUCGCUGUUGUGAUAAGAAAAGCUGUGGAAAUAGAAACGAGACUCCCUCAGACCCCGUCAUUAUCGACAGGUUCUUCCUCAAGUUCUUCCUCAAGUGUAAUCAGAACUGUCUAAAAAAUGCAGGAAACCCCCGAGACAUGCGCAGAUUCCAGGUGGUUGUCUCGACAACGGUCUCCGUGGAGGGUCAUGUGCUGGCCGUGUCAGACAACAUGUUUGUCCACAAUAACUCGAAGCACGGACGACGAGCGCGACGCCUGGACCCGUCUGAAGGUACGCCCCCGUAUCUGGAGAAUGCAGCGACACCCUGCAUCAAGGCGAUCAGUCCCAGUGAGGGCUGGACCACGGGCGGGGCCACGGUUAUCAUUAUCGGUGAUAACUUCUUUGAUGGGCUACAGGUCGUUUUUGGGACCAUGCUAGUCUGGAGUGAGCUCAUCACUCCUCAUGCCAUCCGCGUGCAGACCCCACCCAGACACAUCCCCGGGGUGGUUGAGGUCACACUUUCUUACAAAUCCAAACAGUUCUGCAAAGGAGCACCGGGACGAUUUGUCUACACGGCUUUGAAUGAGCCAACGAUCGACUAUGGCUUCCAGAGACUUCAGAAGGUCAUCCCUAGACAUCCAGGAGAUCCAGAAAGACUUCCAAAGGAGGUUUUACUGAAGAGAGCAGCUGAUCUUGUGGAAGCUCUAUAUGGAAUGCCUCACAGUAACCAGGAGAUGAUUUUGAAACGUGCAGCUGAUAUAGCUGAGGCUCUCUACAGUGUGCCACGUAACCACGGCCAAAUCCCUGCCCUUGCCAGCACUCCUACACACAGCAUGAUGGGAGUCAAUUCCUUCAGUGGCCAACUAGCAGUCAACGUGUCAGAGACAUCACAAGGAGCAGAUCAGGUGGGCUACAGUCGGAGUUCCAGCAGUGUGUCUCCACGUGGAUACAUCCCCAGCAGUACACCACAGCAGUCUAACUACAACACUGUCAGCACCAGCAUGAAUGGAUAUGCCAACACGGGAAUGCCAAACCUGGGGGUAUCUGCCUCCCCGGGCUUUCUCAACGGCUCCGGGGGCAACUCACCCUACAGCAUGAAACAGAAGAGUGCAUUUGCUCCUGUAGUUAGACCCCAGACCUCUCCCCCUCCAUCCUGCACCAGUGCAAAUGCCAAUGGAUUGCAAGCGAUGUCUGGCCUGGUGGUCCCCAUGUAA